AUGAUCCAAGCAAACAGGACCAGCUGGUUCCGGAACCUGUUGAUAUUGGCGUCAUCCCUCGGUGCGUGCGUGGGCCUAUAUCUAGCGGGCCAGAUCUACCUAGUGCACGCACUGGAAAAGGCAGAUGUAGUCUCCAGGCAGGUCUUCAUUCCCUUGUGGAUGGGGGUGAACUGGCCGUGGCAACGGCGCUUCGCUUUGCCCCAGUAUCUCCGCUAUUUCGACCCCGCUCAUCCUGCUGCUCACGCCGACAGGCACGGGCUUGCAGAGAUAGUCCAGCGAGACGACGUGGAGCACCAAGUCUUGGACUGUCUUUUUCGCCUGACCGUUGUCCGAGAGACCUUCAAGCUUCCCAUAAGCGUGAGAUCUACGCCCACCGAUACUUUCGAGCUCUGGAUCGAGCCACGACAUUGCACCUUGCAUGGGCCUCGUUUCAGAAUAGGGAAAACGGACAAUGCCGUCUCGGUCAGUUGCGACUGGCAUAUCAAGCUGGUCAAGUGGGCCUCCAAUAUAGAUGAAUUUGUCUCGGGCUUGACGUCCGAGCUCGGCACUCUUUCUACUGCAGAGGCACAAAGAAACACGCACGACAAGGGCAGCGGCCGUGUUCACCGGGCGAAUACUGCGGAAGACGCCAGCUCCAGGCCGUUAGAGGCUCUGCUGCUGCGGGACCAGCUCUACAAUUUCGUGUUCAAAGGCACCUUGAAUGUAAGUGACCUCAGUGAGCUGCGCACUGGAGUUGUUGCGUUCACUGGUGUCAUCGACAACACCCACAUUGGACUCAGUGGUGGGGUCAAGAUCGUAGCAAUGACAUUGGACGUCAUUGAAGACGGCAAGCCCAGUAUUCUUUACAAAAUUAAAUAA